GGGAAAAGGAAAAAAAAAAAUGCAUUCUAUCUCUCAGGAAGGAGUACAGUAACAGUUUCUCACCAGUGAGAAACCUUGGGAAGUGCCUCGCUCUCGUCGCCAGCGUUUGCGCGGGGACCGGAGAGACAGGAGGCUGUGCCAGGCUGGAGGAGGCUUGUCUUUCCAAGGCUGGAGAGGAUCUCACGGGGGUUCGGCUACCCCUGCAGAGGAAGAAUUUCCCUUCUGCUAGCAGCAGCGGCGGCGGCAGCGGCGGCGACGGUGGCGGCGGCAGCCCUACCGCCUCUUGUGGGGCACAGGGCAGAAUGCCUGUACUAGAGCGGUAUUUCCACUCGGCAGAGCUAGGCAGGAGGUGGACAGCCCCAGAAGGUGUGCUGCCCUCCUCCCUGGGCAGCCGGCCGGGGUGCCAGCAGGGGCCGCUGCCCUGGGACUUGCCAGAGAUGAUCAGGAUGGUCAAGCUGGUUUGGAAAUCCAAAAGUGAGCUGCAGGCAACCAAACAGAGAGGCAUUCUGGAAAACGAAGAUGCUCUCCACAGCUUUCCAGGAGAUGUACGACUAAGGGGUCAGACGGGGGUUCCUGCUGAACGCCGUGGCUCCUACCCAUUCAUUGACUUCCGCCUACUUAACAAUACAACACACUCAGGGGAAAUUGGCACCAAGAAAAAGGUGAAACGACUGUUAAGUUUCCAAAGAUACUUCCAUGCAUCGAGGCUGCUUCGUGGAAUCAUACCACAAGCCCCCCUCCACCUGCUGGAUGAAGACUACCUUGGACAAGCACGGCAUAUGCUCUCCAAAGUGGGAAUGUGGGACUUUGACAUUUUCUUGUUUGAUCGCUUGACAAAUGGAAACAGCCUGGUAACACUGCUGUGCCACCUCUUCAACACCCAUGGACUCAUUCACCAUUUCAAGUUGGACAUGGUGACUUUACACAGGUUUUUAGUCAUGGUUCAAGAGGAUUACCACGGCCAAAACCCGUAUCACAAUGCUGUUCAUGCAGCUGAUGUCACCCAGGCCAUGCACUGCUACCUGAAAGAGCCAAAGUUGGCCAGCUUCCUCACACCUCUGGACAUCAUGCUUGGACUACUUGCUGCAGCAGCACAUGAUGUUGACCACCCAGGGGUGAACCAGCCAUUUUUGAUCAAAACUAACCACCAUCUUGCCAACCUGUAUCAGAAUAUGUCUGUGCUGGAGAAUCACCACUGGCGAUCUACAAUUGGCAUGCUUCGAGAAUCAAGGCUUCUUGCUCACUUGCCAAAGGAAAUGACACAGGAUAUUGAACAGCAGCUGGGCUCCCUGAUCUUGGCAACAGACAUCAACAGGCAGAAUGAAUUUCUGACCCGAUUGAAAACUCACCUCCACAAUAAAGACUUAAGGCUGGAGGAUGCUCACGACAGACACUUUAUGCUUCAGAUCGCCUUGAAGUGUGCUGACAUUUGCAAUCCUUGUAGAAUCUGGGAGAUGAGCAAGCAGUGGAGUGAAAGGGUCUGUGAAGAAUUCUACAGGCAAGGUGACCUUGAACAGAAAUUUGAACUGGAAAUCAGUCCUCUUUGUAAUCAACAGAAAGAUUCAAUCCCUAGUAUACAGAUUGGUUUCAUGACCUACAUCGUGGAGCCACUGUUCCGGGAGUGGGCGCGCUUCACAGAAAACAGCUCCCUGUCGGAGAACAUGCUAAGCCACCUCGCACACAACAAGGCCCAGUGGAAGAGCUUGUUGUCCAAGCAGCACAGACGCAGGGGCAGCACAGACCACGCGGGCCCGGGGACUGAGAAGGAGGAGCAGACUGUGGCGGAGGGCGACACGCCCUAGUGCCGCCUGCCCUGGUCCUGCGCCGCUGAGGACGACCUGCAGCGCGCCUGGGAGCGCGAUCCUGCGUCCCUAACCUGGGUGGCCUCGGGGCUCCCUUGAUUGCCUCUUUGCUCCCACUGCCUGCCUCCCUCCUUUUUCCAAGUGUACAGAAGCCAUUUUUCACCUAGCAUUAGCUGCCGAAAAGAAGCAACUCCAUUCAAGAAAGUGGGAGCGGAUUCCAGGGGCAGUCGUCCCCCAAGGAGAAGACUGGGAGGAAGCCGUGCCUCUGCCACGUUCCCCACUGGCCCUGGGUCGCACUGUGACCAGCAGCUCCUGAGACCCGAGUAUCUUAGGGUUUGCCAUCUGCAGGACAAAAACACCAGCAUAUUUGGAACUCCAAGGAUAUUGGUCUUAAGUGCAAGAGCACAAAUAAGAGCGUGAAAGAAAGUACCUUCUAUUUUAAUAAUAAUUAUUAUUAUAAGAAUAAUAAUAAAUCUUUUUAACUUUUAUAUUUUAUGCACUAGACAAGGGAUCUAAAACUUUGGACUAAGAUUACUCAGUGUACCCAAACUUGAACAGGGGUUCAUUGUUUUGUUACUGACUUUAUGCCACUUUGGGUCAGAAAUUUGGCAUCUUCUCAAUUUAAGAAACCGCGUUUCCUAUCUGAUCUGGGGGAAGGUGCUGUACAGUUCAUUCCUUUGCACCGUUAGCCAAUCUGUCUUUUAUGGAUUCAGUGACCUGUUUAUAUUCAUACAUGUACAUUUUCUGUAAAUACCAAGCGCUACUGAUUCCCAUGCCAAAAUACAUGAGUAUUAUGGGAUUGCUACCUGUAUAAACAAUGGCACUGUGAACAGAAUAUUGUUAGUUUUAAUACAUGAGAAUGCAUUUGUAAAUAUGAUAUAGAGUUUAUUAAUAUACUAUUGUUUGCAGAUAAAGGCCUUAACUUUAAACAUCUUUCAUCUUCUGAAAACUGCCCAACUUAAACUGCCUGCCCAUGUCCAUCUUUAUGCUUUCCAGCUAAGGUCACAAACCAAAACUGAAUAAAGUCUUAGAGGAAACAUUUUUGGAAACUUCACAUGCAUUCUGCUUGAGACCAUAGUUUUAAUCUAUGGCACCAAGCAUUGUUUCCUCAGACUAAUGAGACCCUUCAGCAAGCCUGAAGCUACUUUUCAACUCAACAAGUUUCCACACUGUUUUAACCAACCAGCUGAUAAGCUUGUGUUUAUGUGACUCUUGUUAUGGAAUGUGGUGGUGCCGUCAGCCUCACAGGAGACAUAGCAGGUCUCAAAAACCUUCUGUGACCCUGUCAUCUAACCAUCAGGGAAUUCCUGGCUCCCUUACCACACAUUUGUCUGUUAUGGCUACAGAACCAAAGUACCUUUGGUCUAUGGUUAGCAAGUAUUUCAUUGGUGUUAAUAGUAACUGGAUUUUUUCUUUUUCUUUAAUGUCGUGUGAACAACUAACCAAGUGUUUAGCUGAAAUUAAUAUUAUUUGAGCAAAGAAAUCAUUUCAGUCUCAUGACAAACUUUACCUUCCUGGCAUGUCAUUGUAGUUAAUUAUGGAGCGUAGCAAGGAGAGGCACGUUGGAAUUUUGUCACUGUUUUCCUCUGUAUAGACUUGACUACAAAAAGCCAAUAGUUACAGCAUUCUUUUCUACUCUUAUAAACUCUGUGCGUUGAACUUUUUUCUUUAGAAGUCCUAUCAUAACUGAGGUUAGUUGAAAACUCUCAACAUCCCUUUCAUUUUUACCCUUGAACUGUGUGGUAGUGGGAGAAUGAUCAUUUCUGCCAUGAUCACGCUGUUUCUCAAAUUCAAAGAAGGACAGCAACUCUCAUUUCCCAAGUGCAACUGGUUUUGUUUUUCCUUCUUUCUUUUAAUAUACAAAUGAAAUGUUAGAAGCUUGACCGGCCUGUAAUAAGUCCCUAUAGAAAGAAAGAGGCUUUCGGAGUUAAAGUUUGGGAGGAAAUUUGAAAAGUUGGUUACAUUUUCAUUAAAGGAAGAGAAAUUGUCAGAUGGUGCUGAAGAAAGUGUGAAAAUCUUAUGAAAUGGGUGAAUGAUAAGUUGCAAUUACUGAUAUGGAUAAGAAGGGAAGUUAUGGAAACUUUUGUUUUCUGUAGUAACUACAAACUGACAUGUGUUCCUCUCUUUAAUAUUUUGAAGCUCUCAGCUUGGUGAGGCUCCAAAGGAGAAUAUUCUGGAUGGAUUCCUGCUUCCAGGCCACACUUACUUUGGUUCAGUAAUGCAGAGAGCAUUUUCACAUAGUCGAUUUAAUUUUAAUGUGUUUCAGAUCAAAUCAAGGAAAGCAGUUAUUGGGCACAAGAAAGUAGAGAUAGGAAAGAAGGCAUUGUUUUCUCUAAUGGAACCUCUAUCUUGAAUUAGGGAAGCAGACUUUAUUUAAAUUUAAGUAUUUCAUUAUUUAAAUACAUAAGAUAAUGAGUUUUCUUGGUAGUUCUCAGUAUUUAGAGCAAAAUUGUUUCUGUUACAAUUGGUCCUAGAGAAAAGCUCACAGACAAAACUGCCAACAUCCAAUGGUGAAGCCUAUGAGGUAUCUACCAGUACCAUAAAAAUCUAAAGGUGAGACAGGAUAUAUAAACUAUAUGCGUCUGUCUCUUUCAUUGACUGUGUGGAGAUUUCUUGAGUUCUGCAUUUGUUGGGAAAGAAAGAAAGAAAAAAGGAAAGAAAGAAAGAGAGGGAGGGAGAAAGGAAAGAAAGAAGGAAGGAAGGAGAAAAGAAAAGAAAAGAACAGGAGUAUAAAAACUCUUUUAUUUCCUGCUCCUGGCUUUCUUGUGAUACCUCAAUAGGAGUCCCAUGACUGGUUGAGACAUGCUAUUGGAUCAUCCAUGGAUUUUUAUCUUUACAGCCUCAUUCUCCUAGCCCAUGGAUCAUCAAUCGUUGACUUACCAAGUUUAAUUCUGUCAUUGCUUGAGAAGAAAAGAUUCAAAGGGCUAUUUUUAGUCAGUUAAAGGCAAAGUCACGAUCAAAGUAAGAAAGAGUAUACGUCACUGCCAGGCCUGAGAGUCAGAGCCUGCUUUUCCUCACUUAAGAGCAACAAUGAAUAGUGAGACCUGACUCACCAAACUCUGGCCUAUCCAUACCUCCCUGCUAGGCUAAGUAGAAACCAGCUCUGUGUCUCCCUGCUUAUGGUUUCCCACAAAGAGCCUUGGCGUGCAUCCUGUAUCCCUGGUCUUCAUAUACUGCCUUCUACAAAUUGCAGACUUGUUUUGUAAUCUUUUCUCAUAUUGAAUCAGAUGUGCUUACUGAUUUGGAUUUGGUUAUGAGCUUGUAUCUCACUGUAUUUCUCAUGCUUUGUUCUUUUAAGCAAAUCCUUAAAAUCGUGUCAUUUUGUGUACACAUGUAAGGUUUGAAAAAAUUGUGAGUUUUGCUCAAAAUGCAGCCUCAAUACCCAUUGGCAUGUCUAGAUGAACAAUUAAAAAUAAAGAUGAUUUCAUAAAGUA